AUGCGUGGGGCGUGCGCGUGCGCGGUGGUGUGCGCACUGGUGGCGCUCUGCGCGGCGCUGGAGCCCGAGGCGCGCGCCGCAGCCGAGCGGCAGCUGCUCGCCCUGCUGGGGCUGCCGCGGCGUCCGGCGCGCCGCUUCGCCGCGCCGCCGCCCGUGCCGCGCGCCAUGCGCGUGCUGUACGACGCGCACGGCGCCCUCCCAGCCGCCGCGGCGAACACCGCCCGCUCGUUCCAUCACACGCCCACCGAGCUAGACCGCCGCUUCCCCGGCGACCACCGCUUCCGCCUCUACUUCAACGUGAGCGCCGUGCCCGCGGACGAGGUCGCCCGCGGCGCUGACCUCACCCUCCAGAGGGUGCACAACGCCAGCGGCGUCCAGCGCCUCCUCCUAUACGACAUCGUGAGGCCCGGGCGGCGGGGUCGCACCGGCCCCAUAAUGCGCUUGUUGGACUCUGUCCCGCUGAGAGCGGGCGACGGUGCAGUGAAAGCGGACGCGCUGAGCGCCGCCCGGCGCUGGUUGCAAGAGCCGCAGCACAACCACGGCCUGCUGAUAAGGGUCAUCGAUGAGGAGGCGAAGGGCGCCGACGCACGCACACCCCACGUCCGAGUAAGGAGACGGGCGACGGAGGAGGACGAUGAGUGGAGAGCGUUGCAGCCGCUCUUGUUGCUGUACACUGAGGACGCGAGGGCGAGGGCGGCCCGGGAGAGUGGCGAGACGCGCCUGGUGAGAAACAAACGCGCAGCGCAGAGGAGGGGCCAUCGCGCCCACCACAGACGCAAGGAAGCGCGCGAGAUCUGCCAGAGGCGACCGCUGUUCGUGGACUUCGCCGACGUCGGCUGGAGCGACUGGAUAGUGGCGCCGCAUGGCUACGACGCCUACUACUGCCAGGGCGAUUGCCCGUUCCCGCUCGCCGACCACCUGAACGGCACCAACCACGCGAUAGUGCAGACGCUUGUGAACUCAGUGAACCCGGCGGCAGUGCCAAAAGCGUGCUGUGUGCCCACGCAGCUUUCGCCAAUAUCUAUGUUGUAUAUGGACGAAGUGAACAAUGUGGUGCUUAAAAACUAUCAAGACAUGAUGGUGGUAGGAUGCGGAUGCCGA